GCAAUGAACGAUUCUCAAGGAGGGGUAAAGUGUUCUUAAGAGCUCCCUUUCAGCCUUUAGAAUUGGCCAGAGCAACCCGCCGAGAAACAUGGAGGCGGCCGGGAAGUAUUUAAUCCAGGAGAUGUGCCCAUGAGGCUGUCACACAGCACAGAUUCAGUCACGCGCAGGUAGGCAGUUACCGGUUUAUUAACGAAAACCCGCGCUCUGCUGUCUGCCCUCAGAGACUUAGUCCAUCACUCUCAAGACUAAUAGUUUCAUUUUGCUUGGUAAAGUAUGGAGGACAUGCUUUUUGACUUCGACCAGGAUGGCACCACGGAUUUUGCAUUUUGGGGACAGAUGGACCAAAACUUCCAGUUUCAGACCCAACUGGACACAUUCCUGCUGGACUACACCGCAGCCACCGGCCAGCUCUCGCCCUGGUCCUCUUUCGGCACUCAGUCCAUGUUCCCGGACUCUCAGCUGACCUUCACCGACCUCGACGUGCAGUCUCCGGGGGCGGGCAUCUGCGCUGACGGAGAAGGCUCCUCCGUGGACGAACCCCUGGAGGUGGCCAAGCGCAGGGCGCGGCGGCUGGUGGCCCAUCAGCCCUACAAGGUGCAGCGGCAUGCCGCCAACAUCCGGGAGAGGAAGAGGAUGCUGAGCAUCAAUUCCGCCUUCGAGGAGCUGCGCUGCCACGUACCAACGUUUCCCUACGAGAAGCGGCUGUCGAAGAUAGACACUCUGAGACUGGCCAUAGCCUACAUCGCCCUGCUGAGAGAGAUCCUCAUGUCAGGCUGCGACCCCAAAUCCUAUGUGGACGAGUGCAUGAAGAAUGGCUACAAGAAUCAAACCAACGCCAUCUGGAACACAAGUGAUCUGACAGCCCGCCUCUCUUGGAUAAAGUGGGAUUAACUGAGGAAUAUGGGGCACCCCGAGUGUGGAGAUUGCAGCGGGGAGGAGGUUCAGGUUUGUUCCUCCCUCUUCUUUCUCUCUCUACAUGUCAAAGACAGGCGGCCGGCCGGCACGACAGAGCCGACCGAUCGACAUCUGCAGACUUCUCACUGGGUCACACACCUCAGGCUUUCUCAACCCCAUCCACUCCUUCGUCCUCCGUGGCUUUUAAUAUUCUAAUUUAUUGUUGACUGGUAAUUGAGAGCCAUUGUUUCUGGGGCUGGGGAGGGAAAGAGGGUUGGCAUUGUUUGCCCAAAUGGAUGGCACUUGUCACAGAGAGAGAGGGGGGCACACUGGCAUGAGACUAAAUGGACUUCCUAAGGGCUCAUACUUCUGCAUGUAGCACUGAAGUGUUUUCUGGACUCUCGCUCAUUAGUCUGCAAGUCGAUGUGUUAAAAAAGAGCCUUGAUUAUGUAAAUGAGACAAUGGGCGUGAGAAGCAGAUCAGUGCAAUGUGUUUUAGCAUGUCAGGUGCUGCUUCCAAAGAUGGCAAUAAGGCUAGUAGCAUACUGGGUUUUUUAUGUGAAACAUCUAUCAUCUAUUGUAUUAUUUAUUUAUUUAUUUAUUUCUAAUGAUUGCGUAUUUAUGACAAAAUACUUGUACUACUUUCUUGGACUUCUGUAUUUGUACAAACUGAUUAUUUAUUGUUCUGUAACUCAAAUGAGACUGCUGUGUUUAUUGUGAUGUAUUGUACGUUUGCUCCAUGCUAUGUGAAAUUGUCAUUUUCCUUAAAUGGAUCACCACAGAAAAGAUAGUUUAAUGUAUUUGUUAAUGAUGAUCUCUACUCAAGAUCAUAAAAAGCAAGCCAUCCCUUCUUUCUCCAGUUUUUUAUUUGUGGUAGAUUCCUUAAUGUCUUUUUGUAUUGAGGUCCUCAAUCUGUCACAGGGUCAGUCAAAUAUCUACAUAGCAUCUCUCUCUUGGGCUAACCCUCUGUCCCUGAUUUCUUUUCCUGUUAACUUUAUAAAUGCAUCAAAAUCCCA